UGGUAUUGGAAAAAUCAAAAGGUAAAGUUGUACUUUCAUUUUCAUCUCUCCACUCCUCCAACUCUGCCUAAACGCUAUCUUCCCUCGGUGUCACUUUCUCUCAUUAUCAUCAAAGCUUUGAUUUUUCUUCCUCUUCAGAACUCUCUGGUAGUCUCCCGUCUCACAGAAUCGAAAAGUCUAAAUUUUGAUCUUUAAUUCCAAGGAAGUUCUUAGGGUUAUUGAUCACAAUAUUUGGAAUUUUUUUCUAUUCCCAUGGAGGUUCCAGAAAUUGAAGAAGGCGAAAACGCGACUCAUCUAACUUCUCCUGCAGCUUUCGUAGAAGGAGGAAUACAAGAAGCUUGUGAAGAUUCUUGUAGCAUUUGCCUCGAAGCUUUUUGUGAUAGCGAUCCGGGAACAGUGACAAGUUGCAAGCAUGAAUUCCACCUUCAAUGCAUUCUUGAAUGGUGUCAAAGAAGCUCUAAUUGUCCAAUGUGUUGGCAAGCCAUUAGCCUAAAGGAUCCUUUAAGUCAAGAAUUAUUGGAGGCAAUAGAACAAGAAAGGCGAAUCAGAUUCAACCCCACAAGAAAUUCAAACUCCACAAUAUUUCAUCACCCAACACUCGGUGACUUUGAACUACAACAUUUGCCAGUUGGUGUGAAUGAUAGCGAACUUGAGGAUCGAAUCAUUCAACAUCUGGCGGCUGCAGCCGCCAUGGGCCGGGCCCGCCAUGUGGGCCGGAGGGACGGGUCAAGAAACCGGUCAACGGGUCCGGGUCAGGGUCAGGGUCAGGGUCGACCCCAGUUCUUGGUUUUUUCCACUAGUCCCAAUGCGGGCCCACCUGCCACCAUGGCGGGCUCUGGUGGCCCGGUUGAAGAGUCUGAAGAACUUGGUGGGCCCGCUGUUAUUGGGCCUGUUAGUGGAUCGGGCCUGUUUACGGGUCGUGGAGGUGAAACAUCUAGCAUGACUAAUGAUUCAAUUAGUCAAAGUCAACAAGGAACAUCGGUUAUUCAUAGAAACUCAAGCAAUCUAUCUUCUCCACCUAAUCAAGAUACAGCAGGGCCUUCAGAGUUGCAAACAGCUUCAGAGACAUGGAAAUCUAAAUUCAAUGCCAUUUCAACAAGAUAUAAAGAAUCACUAUCAAAAAGUACAAGAGGGUGGAAGGAGAGACUUUUCAACAAGAGUCCACCAUCAAUGUCAAAUAUUGAGAAGACCAUAAUGGUGUUGAAAGAAAUCAAAGAAUCAACUAGUGUUGUCAAGAACACGUAUGAUAAAGAGCUAAAUCACACCUCUAAAACUUUACUAUCUGCUUGUAAAUUUGUUGGCUGUACUGUUAUAACAACAGUACACAGUACAGCCUGA